GAUCCUGCAGAGGAGUACAAGAUGUGUAACAAACGACGAGGUCUUGCUCUCAUUUUUAAUCAGGAGAAGUUCUUCGGGCGCCUGGGCUUGAAUGACAGAGUUGGAACCAGUGCUGAUCGUUACAACUUGAAAGAAAGGUUGAAGGAUCUAAACUUUGAAGUGAGGUGUUAUGAUAACUACAAGCAGGUGGAUGUCCAAGAUGAAAUCGCUAAAGCUGCGGAGGAAGAUCACUCAGAUGCUGAUUGCUUUUUGCUCGCCUUCUUGAGUCACGGAGAGGAUAACCAUGUUUAUUGCUACGAUGGAAAAAUUAGUAUCCAGGACAUGAUGUCCACGUUCAAAGGAGACAACUGCCGGGACCUUGUUGGAAAGCCAAAGAUCUUUAUAAUACAGGCAUGUCGUGGAAAACUGUUUGAUGAAGGUGUUACAGUGACCCCUGCUGAUGCGGUGGAUGGCAUAGUGGAGGUGUUUGCAGAUGCCAGUGCCAUACGCACCCUCCCUGCCGGGGCUGAUUUUAUAAUAUGCUCUUCUGUAGCUGAAGGUUACUACUCCUUCCGGGAGACUAAGAAAGGCUCCUGGUACAUUCAGGCUCUGUGUGAGAUGCUCCGAAAAUAUGGCAACUCCCUUGAAUUCACAGAAUUACUCACACUAGUCAACAGAAAAGUGUCGAUGAGAAACGUUCCAAAAUCCUGUGACCCACAGCUUGUUGGGAAAAAGCAAAUGCCUUGUUUUGCUUCAAUGCUCACUAAGAAACUUUACUUCCGACCAAAAAAGUAACAAUGUCUCACCUCAGUCUUUAAAUCAGCUGAUUUAUAUUUUUUUAACUAAAACCAA